UAUUUUACAGGAGCUUAACUAAAUCAAUCCUUUGAGGGUUGAAUUUUAUGUAGCAGAUUUGUCUCGUACGUGGUGUCUAUGGUAACGUCACCAUGACUCCUUUCGAUAAAACAUUUUUUUACUUUAACGAAGGAAACGCAGAAACAAGGAGCUUUUGCUGAUAUUAUCGGAGACGAAACUUAUUCAGAGCAAGAGUGGACGGUGUGCGAGAAGAAGAAAUGUAUUUGGUGGAGCGGAAAAAUUUGGACCGCCCGAUACAAAAAUUUCGUCAAGGCACUACGCCGAUGAACAGACAGGCGAUGAAUCCUGUGAGUCACUUAGUUCUCUGAAGGAAUCGGGUGCCACCUGGUGACUAAAGUUGACAGCACAGAGUGGAGGGGUGGAUAUUUGCAGACAAGCUAGUACAAGAGGCGGGAGAGAUCCCCGCGUGUUGCCGAGGCAAGGACGCCAGUCGGUGGCUACGUGCGGGGUUCUGAACGUCGGAGUAACAGAGUGCGCUGAAAUGUCGGGGACUCCGCGGGACGACCAGAUUUCUGUGCACUUAAACUUGCGUAGAGAAACUUCCAAAACGUAACAUUCGUCAGCGCGCGUUUGCAGAAAUCAGCCUUUGACACAUUCCCCCGUCAGGCGAAUUCCUUGGUUACCAAGGAAACGGAUACGAGAUGUUUAGUUUCUUCAAAAAAUUCAAACAAGUGACGGAUGCGAACAGUGACGGUAAAGGGGAUAAGGAUAAGACAGGUGCAUCGCCCGUUACUCCCACGAGAACGAAGGAUAAAGGAGUCAACCGGGAACAGGAACUGGUGAGCAGCUGUUACGACACCAGGAGAACUGAUUUAGCUGUGAGUACCGGAACAAAGAGGAAAGAUACAGAACGCAGAAGUGGCGAGGUGAGAGAGAAGUCCUCGGUCCAUCAGCGAGGUAACAAGAAAGAAUCGGUGACGGUGAAGGCCAGCGAUAGCAAAGUACCCGUUCGUGAGACGUGUACGACAAAGGUCAUGGGCGGUGUAGCGGCGACAAUGACCUGGUCAGACGACACGGGCGAUAUUGGCAGGGACGUAGACUUGGCAAUGUCUGAGGCCACCUCCCACACGAACGCAGAGACCAGCCAGGACAAGGAGAAAUCGCAACACGAGGUGGCAGGGACACUGACAGCUGGCAACCAGAGAAACGUCUUUGUGUCGCGGGUAACCCCGGUCGAAAUGGGAGUCGUGACACAAGUCGACGAAGCUACGCCAAGGGUACCCGAAUCUGCGAGCUCAUCCGCUUCUCAGGGGAAAUCCACGGCGUCCGGGAGGCAAGUGGGACAGGCGGAAAGCGAAAAGAGGAGUCUUGUGAAUCAGGAGGCCCGGUUUCAAGAACAGUUGGCCGAACUUACUGCGCAGUUGACCGCGAGAGACAACGAGUCACACAAACUGCGAUACCAGAUGGAGGACCUACAGAGAGACGUUCUCAUUAAGAGUUCUGGGAUGGACAGAUUGCAAGCUGAGCUGGAAGCAGCACACAAAGAAUCAGACUGCGUGCGGCGAAGACUGCGUCAGCUGGAGGAAGACCUGGGAACUUUCAAGGAGAAGAACAGAGAGCUUCAAGAUGAGCUACAGAAGAAAGCAGAGGAAAUACAGUCCUCUUCUGACAGUGACAGCGACGAUGACAAUGAGAGAGUCGCAGAACUGGAGUCCAAAGUCAAGGAGCUGGAGGAGAAAGUUCAGCAACUCCAGUCUCAGCUGGAAGAGGUGUGCAUGGAACGAGACAAACUGGAACAGGCUAGGGCAGAAAUGGAGGCAGAUCGAGAGGAGGAGAUAAAGAUCAUAGAAAGGGUAAGAGCGCAGUCGUGUUUCAUGAAAGGAUGA